AUGUGGGGGCUUGGUCUGCAGAUUUGCGCUCCCCCCUACUCCGACGUACUCCCCCCUGACACUCGGAAAGCUGGAGAGAAGGGGACCUCUCAUGUGUCUCCCCCAUGUCCCCCCACCAAGGUUGUACGGGCCGCCCUGGCCCUGGGCCGCCUUUCCCCCGUUAUUGGCCCACGUGGCCCCUCCGACCUCAGCCUUUGGGGCCGGGCAGUGGGUCCGCCCUCCGUGUCCCUGGCACCCCUGACCUCUCGCCUCUCCGGCCUGCAGGAUGAGUUCCACCCGUUCAUCGAGGCCCUGCUGCCUCACGUCCGCGCCUUCGCCUACACCUGGUUCAACCUGCAGGCGCGGAAGCGCAAGUACUUCAAGAAGCACGAGAAGCGGAUGUCGAAGGACGAGGAGCGCGCGGUCAAGGACGAGCUGCUGGGCGAGAAGCCCGAGGUCAAGCAGAAGUGGGCGUCGCGGCUGCUGGCCAAGCUGCGCAAGGACAUCCGGCCCGAGUGCCGCGAGGACUUCGUGCUGAGCAUCACCGGCAAGAAGGCGCCGGGCUGCGUGCUCUCCAACCCCGACCAGAAGGGCAAGAUGCGGCGCAUCGACUGUCUCCGGCAGGCGGACAAGGUGUGGCGGCUGGACCUGGUCAUGGUCAUCCUGUUCAAGGGUAUCCCGUUGGAGAGCACCGACGGCGAGCGCCUGGUCAAGGCUGCGCAAUGUGGCCACCCGGUCCUGUGCGUGCAGCCGCACCACAUCGGCGUGGCCGUCAAGGAGCUGGACCUCUACCUGGCCUACUUCGUGCGUGAGCGAGAUGCAGAGCAGAGCGGCAGUCCCCGGGCGGGGAUGGGCUCUGACCAGGAGGACAGCAAGCCCAUCACGCUGGACACGACCGACUUCCAGGAGAGCUUUGUCACCUCUGGCGUGUUCAGCGUCACUGAGCUUAUCCAAGUGUCCCGGACACCUGUGGUGACCGGAACAGGACCCAACUUCUCCCUGGGGGAGCUGCAGGGGCACCUGGCAUACGACCUGAACCCAGCCAGCACUGGCCUGAGAAGAACGCUGCCCAGCACCUCCUCCAGUGGGAGCAAGCGGCACAAAUCGUCCACAGGCAUCUCGUCCCCGGUGAAGAAGACAGAGAUGGACAAGUCACCAUUCAACAGCCCGUCCCCCCAGGACUCUCCCCGCCUCUCCAGCUUCACCCAGCACCACCGGCCUGUCAUCGCCGUGCACAGCGGGAUCGCCCGGAGCCCCCACCCGUCCUCCGCUCUGCAUUUCCCUACGACGUCCAUCCUGCCCCAGACGGCCUCCACCUACUUCCCCCACACGGCCAUCCGCUACCCACCUCAUCUCAACCCCCAGGACCCGCUCAAAGAUCUUGUCUCGCUGGCCUGCGACCCAGCCAGCCAGCAACCUGGACCGUUAAAUGGAAGUGGUCAGCUCAAAAUGCCCAGCCACUGCCUUUCUGCUCAGAUGCUGGCACCUCCGCCCCCGGGGCUGCCACGGCUGGCGCUCCCCCCUGCCACCAAACCCGCCACCACCUCCGAGGGAGGAGCCACGUCGCCGACCUCGCCUUCCUACUCUCCGCCCGACACGUCCCCUGCAAACCGUUCCUUUGUGGGAUUAGGACCAAGGGAUCCUGCGGGCAUUUAUCAGGCACAGUCCUGGUAUCUGGGAUAGCAAAGGUCUUCUUCCCUCGCCCCUUCUCCAUCGUCCCGGGAAUCCCAGGGGGCCGCACAGCUGGCCCCCGGCCCACGUUUUCGGUGGAAAAUUAGAGUGAACAAGAACACCCCCGCCGACCCCCAGCCCGGCCGAAAAGACAAAACACACAGACGCACACACGCAGGAGGAAAAGAAAAAACAAAGAAAAAAGAAGAA